UGUGGUUCUUAUUCUUGCUGCACGUUGUUGAGCAGCGUGACCAGCAACCCGUGCUGGAUGUGAGAGCUGAUGUCUGUGGAAAUGAUGGAGGUUUCGGUGAGUUCAGCGGAGCCGCUCAGGCCGGCUAGGAUUCUUCAACAGAACCGGGUCUUCCUCGACUUCUUCUGGGAUCUGGCUAACCCGGACCAGGAGGUCCGGUUGAAGGCGGUGGAGAACUUGAUCCAGUACCUGAAAACAGAAAACAAGGCUGAUGAGCUGGAAUACACGUUAAAACGGCUGGUGGACGGCCUGGCCCACACCCGGGAGACGGCCCGACCCGGAUUCAGCCUGGCUCUGGGGCAGGUGUUGAGUGCCUUUGAAGACAUUUCCCUGCAGAGCAUACUUGUCAGAAUCAAAGAAAAACACAACUUACAGGCUGUGAAAAGGAAACUUGCCAGAAAUGCCAUGUUUGGGAAUCUGUUUGGCGUUCUUGCCCUCCAACAGUCGGGACGCCUCGUCAAAGAACCCCAGGUGGUGCUGGGAUGUGUGCAGCUCCUUCAGUGUUUGAUCCAGCACAAGCAGCACCUGAAGGACCUGCCCAGCAAAACCAUGACCGACAUCCUCACUGAGAUACCGGAGGAGGUGUUUGAGGAGGUUCUGCUGAGCACUCUGGAGGCUGACCUGGCGUCGGCCUUCAGGACCCCGGAGCAGAUGCAGCUGCUGCUGGUGGCGCUGCAACACUUCCCACAGGCCCUGAAACCCAAGAAGCUCAAGAAGCUGCUGGACUCUUCCACCAUCAUCAAUGCAGACAACAUCCCAAAGCUAGUGGAGGUGUUGAAGAUGGCGGCCCACUCAGUGAAGAAGGAGCGCGUCCUCCCCUCUGUGGCCCUGGACUUGCUGAAGCUCUCCCUGAAGGAGGACAGUUUCCAGCUGUUCUGGGACGAAGCCAUCACUGAGGGAAUGUUCAAGGAGCCGUCUGGACCAACACAUUACUUGAGCUACCGUCUGCUGGGCAGUGUCCUGCCUCUGCUGUCCUUAUCCCAACUAAAGGAGGUUUUAUCUGGAGAGGUGAUGAUGCACUACGGCGAACAUGUAGUUUCAGCUCAGAAACCGGACCGCUUUAAACUGGCCCCGGAAAUGGACACCUACGUGUCAGACUUCCUGCAGAACUGUCAGGACUCUGACAAACAGCUGGCGGUCAUGGUGAGCUUCUCCUCACUGACCAACAACGGUUACCCCGUGGUGCCGUCAGUGUGGCAGGUGGUGCAGCACCUGGAGCCGGCGGCUCUACGGAGCUAUGUGGACUGGCUCAAAGGGACGUUCCUGCAGCCUCAGCCAGACCGUCUGCUGGACUUCAGCACCCGCAAGCAGAAAGACAAGAGCAAGGAGCAGAAAGAGAGCUCGAUAUUCCGCCUGAGGAAGUGGAUCGUCGCUCGUCUCGCCUCGAUCAUCAACAACCAUCAAGUGAAGAAACAUGAGGAUCUUAUCAUGGAUGUGGCCAGUUUUUUCUUCAUAGUUUUUUCUUCACCUUUUGCUGCAAAGUUUGUUAAACAAGUGUCAGAUGGCUGAGUGAAACUCUUUUUUUGUCCAAAGGAAGGUAUACAUACGUUUUCCUAUCUUCCAUCCAGACUUCUCAUGUCUUUGCACCACAUGCCACUCAUCGACGACAGCGCAGCUGUCAAUCAGAAGCGAUCUGUUGGUGUAACGGCAGAUGGCACCAUGUGGAUCUACCACCUGGUCCAGUAUGCUCAGCUGCUGCUCAGCCAUCCCAAACACGUUCAAAGCAUCCAGCCGUUCAGCGCUGAGCAAAAACAGGCCUGGAACGGCAUGCUGGAGUCAGUGGCCAGUUUGAAAAGAAAAGCAAAGAAAGGCCGGACGACAGAGAGCGCUGCGUUCCAGCAGCUCUUCCUGCUGAUCGGCAUGCUCCUCUUCAAGGCUCCGGAUGAGGUGCUGGACAUCAUGAAGGACCUGCAGAGCUGCAUUGAUAAAGCCCAGGAGAAGAAAAUCAACAAGAAAAAGAAACAACAGGCUAUGGACAAGGAGGAGCCAGAGUGGGUGGAGGUGAUGGUCGACAUCCUGCUGUCCCUGCUGUCCCAGCAGAGUCGACACAUCAGGCAGGUCUGCAAGACGGUCUUCAGCUCCAUCUGCCCCCACGUAACUGCAGCAGCACUCACUGCCAUCGUAGACGUCUUGGACCCAGACAAGGAAGAUGAGGAAGACGGCGCUGUAGUCGUCACUGACGAUGGAAACAAAACACAAAAGAAGCUGAAGGAUGAUGAUGACGAGGAACAAGAUGAAGACAUGGAGGAUGAUGAGUCAGAGGAUGGCUCUGAUGAGGAGAGUGAGGGUGAGGAGGAGGAAAAAGAGAUGGAGGAGGGAGAAGUGGACCAAAACUUUCGCCUUGAGCUGAUGAAGGUCCUGCAGCAGCAGAACGCUCUGGCCACUGAGGAGGACGCCAGCAGCGAUGAAGAUCUGGAUGAUGAAGCUAUGAUGCAGCUUGAUAAGAGCCUGUCAGCGCUGUUCUCAGAACAAAAGAAGAAGACUGAGGAAAAGAAAAAUGAGAAGAUGAAGCUGCAGAAAGAGAGGGGUCUUGUCCGGGACUUUAAGAUUAAGGUGUUGGACCUGGUUGAGGUGUUUGUGGCCCGGCAGGCCGGCAGCCCUCUCAUUCUGGGUCUAGUGGAGCCGCUGCUAAACAUCAUCAACAGAGGGAUGAGCUCUGGGAGUGAGCAGCAGGAGCAGGACUUCCUCCGCAGAGCAGCAGAUAUCUUCAGGAACCAUUUGUGCAGGUCCAAAGUUUACUGCAGGACUGCUGGUGACAGGCAGGGGGAGCUCCACGACCUGCUGGACAAACUGAUGAGCAAAGCCCAGAAGCUGUCGGAUUCCUCUCUGUGUCUGUACUACUUCAGUGCGUCUCUUUAUGUGGUGAAGGUGCUGCGUGGCGCUGCACCCACUGAGACCAGAGAGGAGCCAACAGCUGACGGAGCAGCAGCAUCAGUAAAUGAUCUGAAGUUUAUGGGGAGCGUGGAUGUGGAUCGGGUGUCGAACCUCUUCAGAGAGGCUCUGAUCUCCUUCAUGAGCCGGAGGAAGAGCCCUCUGACCUCUCAGAUGUUCACCGACCUGUUCACCAGAUUCCCUGUUUUAUGUGUGAACCUCCUGGAUACGGCUGUGCAGCACAUCACAUCAGGAGUCCGUGGACAUCAGCAGUGUCAAGCGUGUGUGUUGGUUCUGCGGGCGAUGCAGAGCAGAGACAUCCAGCAGCUUCUGAGCAGCUAUGAGUGGACGCAGCUCUGUGACAAGGUCUCAACGCAGCUGGUUUUGAGUCUGGGUCAGGUGGGUCAAGCUGAGAGCAAGGUGGCCAAAGAGAAGCUGCUCAAAACCCUGGAGCUCUGUCAGUUUGUGGUCAAGAACAUUCACCAGCAGAAAUUGUUUGUGGGCCUGGAGCAGCUAAAGGAGGCCCUGCAGACCCUGACCAGCAAUGUCUCGUUCAAGAAGACGGGAAAACUGGAGGACACCUACUGGGCCGUGAUGAAACACUUUGGAGUGAUGAAGCCCAAAGUUGAUAAGACAAAGCCUAACAAGGACAGCGAGCAGGAGGCCGCUCCCAAGACGAUGAAAGGUUUCCUGCCAGAAACAAAAAAACGUAAAAAGCGCAACAAGCCUGUUUUGGAGCCAGCAGGGGACAAAUCGGCCCCAGUCACCAAGCCAGGGGAGCAGAAAGGAAUGACCAAAAAGAAACAAGACAAGAAGACUAAACAGAAACGACCGGCUGAUGGUUCUGCUGCUUCACAGACCAACCCGGCCAAGAAGAGCAAAACGCAACCUGACAGGAAAUCUGGCAAAAAGAAGAAACCCAAGCAGAAGAAGGGAGGAGAGCAAAUGUAAUGUGGACUAUUUAAAUUGAAACAGAAAAUAACAUUUUAAACAAAAGCUUUUUUUUUUCCUUUAUUGCUACACAUCAGGUCUAACUUGUAUGCUUACUCCAAUAUAUACAAAAUGAAAAGUGGAGAUUUGUAGGGAGUGUAGUGAAAGAUUAUUUUUUUCUAACAUGUGACUGCUGUUGAUAUAAAAAAAAUGACUGAAACAAUAAAAAUCUACUUCUCUGCCUUUAAAUCCA